AUGAAGACCACGCAGCUGCUCCUCCUUCCGAUCCUUUUGACUCGGGUCAGCUCCCAGUGCCUGUCGGAGGACGAUGCCCUGGCCCCUCCGCCUCACCCGAGUCUCAGCCAGGUCGCGCCCUUCAGCCUCGACCUCUUCGGGAAGGUUCUCCCUCCGUCGGGGAACUUUCUCUUCUCGCCCUUCAGCGUCUGGAGCGCCCUCGUCCUCGCCUACUUCGGCUCCCGAGGCGACACGAAGGCCCAGAUGGAGCGCGUCCUCCGACUCCCCGCCAAGGAGGAGACCCUCGCCCUCUACAAAGCUCUGAGGCAGAUUCAUGAAUCAUCACAGAAUUACACUAUAGACUCGGCCAACAGAAUCUACGUUGAUAAUACUUUGCCCCUAUAUGAGUGCGUGGCGCAAGUUCUCCCUGAAGAAGUGAAGAAUGUAGAUUUCACCCAGGCAGAUCUCGCUGCUGCAGAAAUCAACCAGUUCGUCAACACCAGAACUAGAGGCAACAUCCCGCACCUGGUGGAACCGCUGGACGUGUCUCAGGCUCGCAUGGUGUUCGUCAAUGCUGUCCAUUUCAAGGGCUUUUGGGAGCACCAGUUUUCGCCGAGAAAUACCGCACGGGAGAGGUUUGUUGUGACUCCAGGACGCCAUUCACUCGUCGACAUGAUGGCCCGGACGGGGAUGUAUGAUUUUGGCGCGUCGGAGGAGCUGGACGCCGACGUGGUGGAGCUGCCGUACCGUGGGGGCGCCGCGUCGCUGGUCGUGCUCCUCCCGCGGGACAGAGGGACCGGAGGCGAGCUCGACCGGAUGCUCCAGCGCCUCACGCCCGCCACCCUCGCCUCCGCCGUCGGGAACUUGGCUCCUAAUAAAGUUUUGCUGAAGUUCCCCAAGUUCAAGCUUGAGAGUAGUCUUCGAAAAGAACUCAUAGAGGCUCUGACUCGCCUCGGCCUCCGCGACCUCUUCUCCCCAGCGGCCGACCUGUCAGCCUUCUCUCCUGCCGGGGGUCUGGCGAUCACCAACGGCGUCCACAAGGCGGUGAUGGAGGUGGACGAAGAAGGCGCUGAAGCCUCGGCAGGAACGGCGCUUGUGGUCAGGGCGCCCACUCGAUCUUUCGUCUGUAAUCGGCCCUUCCUGUUCUUCAUCCGCGAUAAGAUAGCAGAUAACAUCCUCUUUGUGGGCGUUUUCAGAGAACCGUAAAUUAGAAGUGGAAAUAGUUCUUACAAUAGUUCUUGUAAAGUGGAAAUAGUUCUAAUAAUAGUUCUUAUAAAGUGGAAAUAGUUCUAAAAAUAGUUCUUAUAAAGUGGAAAUAGUUCUAAUAAUAGUUCUUAUAAAGUGGAAAUAGUUCUAAUAAUAGUUCUUAUAAAGUGGAAAUAGUUCUAAUAAUAGUUCUUAUAAAGUGGAAAUAGUUCUAAUAAUAGUUCUUACAACGCAGCUCAGAGGAUUGCAUGCGGGAAGGUAAAAAGGAAGUAAAACCAAUAAAUGUUUUUUUUUUUCUCUCUCCAUGCGUCUCAUGUAGGUUUUCCCCAAAGCAUUGUUAAUAUUUCCAGCAUUAUAUAUUUGCAUUUCUAAGAGAUAGUAAUGUAAAAGAAAGGGAAGUGAAAUAAUAUAAAGAUUUGUUUCACUUGCUCAUGCUAACUUAAAUAAUUGAGUCCAAUUUCACUAACUUAUUACUAAAAAGAUACGUCGACAACACAUUUACACAUCUUGCAAUAACUUCUAAGAGUGCAUGAAAGGCACAGGUUCAUCUAGCUGAGGCCUGCUACCGUGCCGAGUACGAUUUUAAACUCAAUAAAACGUAAUGAGACAUACAACAAAAACCAACACAUAUGAUGAAUUAAGAGAUUUGAGAGUAAUAUUUUGUAAUGGAUCUACGUUUGCGAGAACAAGUACAGAAUGUGUACGCAUUCUGCAUGAGAUCCACCAACAGCUGUUAAUCGUAAACAGUACGGGAACAACCAACAGUUCCAUCCUGUGAAGCAAGAUCAAUGGCGGUCAAGGGCUUUGACGUAAGAGAAACCCGUUUUCCCAGGAGAGAUUGUGUCUUAUUACAUCGUUUAUAUCCUUAUGGAAUCUCUGAAUUACAGUUAUCACAAUUUCUAACUAUCUUGGCAUAUCAAUUAAACAGAAACCACAAGUGUGACUCAUUAUCAUCACACUUCAUAAGCCAGACAGAGGUAAGUUCUCAGAAAUCGUAGUGAAAGGCAACUCGCAAACAAUGCGAAGGAGCGAAAUAAAUGCGCUUCAAACGAACCAACCAUGAAUUUUAACGUAUAAUUCCCCUGUCAGAAGCACAGUGAAUAUCCUAAUGAGCGUAGUCUGAAUAUGAAUAGAACGUGAGGUCCUGUACUAAGACAUGCUAAAACCACUGGUAAUAACCUAUUGAUUACGUUCCCGAACACCCAUAUGAGAGCAUUUUCAACCCCCGUUAUGAAUGACGUGGGGAUCCGUUCACCUUUGACUCAUGACUACGU